GUAGCACUGAAUGACAGUUUCCAAUACACACAGUGUUUGUUGUGUCAACUCAUAAGCAAAAAAGUAUUUGUAAUUCAAAAAAUAUCUCGUAUUUCAUAUAUCGCGUCAAAUAUUUCGGUCAAUCCAAUGCCAAUAAUCGGGUGAAAAGUUUGGCAAACUAUUCAUUUCAGUGACAAUUCGUGUAAUUAAUGGCAAUACGAGACAAUUGACGAGCGAUGGCACCAAAUGAGCGACAAAACGGCUUCGUUGGCAGUAAAGCGACAUCGGAGGUGAUGUUCAAUAAGAUAGUGAUCCUGAUGGGCACGUUCCUGGGCUUUGCCGUACUCGCCCUCAUGAUACUCAUCAACUCCGAGCUCCCGGAGCCCUACAUGGAUGAGAUCUUUCACGUGCAACAGACACAGACCUACUGUAAAGGGAACUUCACUUACUGGAACCCGAAGAUAACGACCCCUCCGGGCCUAUACCUCACGACUCUUGGUUUCCUCAAACCCUUCUCCGAGUUGUAUGCGUUCGGCGAAGAGGACGAGACCAAGAUUUGUCCGCUUUUUAUCCUAAGACUCAUGAAUGUCAUCUUCACGUGCGCUAACAGUUAUCUCAUGUAUUUAAUAUCGGCUCAAAUACACCGGUUCGCACCGAGAACUUCCCGACUAAUGUUACUGUUUUCGUCCGUGUCUUUGGCAACACUUCCGCCACUGUUCUUCUUCUCAUUCCUCUACUAUACAGAUCCCGGGUCUCUAUUCUUCGUACUACUCAUGUAUAUGUUUGACGUCAAUGACUACCAAUGGUUGGCCUCACUAUUCGGUGCCAUAUCUCUGCUCUACAGACAGACAAACAUUGUUUGGGUCUUCUUCUUGGCCGCGCACACGAGUCUUAAGAUAAUGAACAGAAGUCCCGAUAAAUCAAAGAGGAGAUCAUUAAUGAAGUCAUUACUGCAGGCAAUGCCACAGAUUUUGAUGGUCUGCGGCGGAUAUGCUUUGCUGGGAAUCGCUUUCAUUGCAUUCCUCGUCUAUAAUAAGGGUAUUGUUUUGGGCGACCGAUUAGCGCACGAAGCAGUCCUACAUUUGGCACAAAUACCAUACUUUUUGGGUUUUGUAUCAUUUUUCGGGUUUCCCUGGAUUUUCACGUCCGCUAACAUAAAGAAAUUUAUGUCAAUAUCUGUGAGAUAUCCACUGCGAGUGGUCAGUGGCGUCGUCGUGAUGGCGGUGCUGGUCAACAGGUUCUCCUACACUCACCCGUACCUGUUGGCCGACAACAGGCACUACACGUUCUACAUAUGGAGACGCAUAUUGGGCAGAGAGGGGUCAGUCGUGCCGUACGCCGUGGUUCCCGUCUACGUGUUCACAGCCGUCUCGAUGUUUCAGUUACUGCAGCGAAAGGACGCGCACUUCAAGACACUGUUAAUCCUCUGCACAUUCGUGUCGACAGUCCCUCAGAAGCUCUUAGAGCUGCGAUAUUUUAUAGUCCCGUUCGUCAUAUGGCGGCUCAACAUCGCGCCCACCAAUCCGGCCGUCCUUUCCCUCGAAGUGCUCUUAUAUACGGCCGUCAAUGCCUUCACUCUCUAUAUGUUUGUAUUCAAUACAUUCAAAUGGCCUCAAAAUAACGAAUUGCAGAGAAUUAUGUGGUAAUCAACAAACGGAU